GGGGUAUGGACGACUAGAGACGCCCGAGGCUCAUUUUCCAGUGCCGUGCUGGACCAGGUGAUGUCACUACACGUUUAGCUGGAGGAACUCCCAGAAAGAGAGAGUGAGGGAGAAAAAGGAGGAAAACUUUUCCGAACAACUGCGAGGGGAGGGGAGAGAAGUUGGACAUGAAAAGAUUGGCAGUAACUUUUUCUUUCCCCCCGUAAGAAGCCUCAAGAAACAAUACUCAAGGAGCAAUACUGUGGAUUACAACUACGCAGUAAGGACAUCAAAUAAUUGCACACCUCUGCUCGGAUACUCCAUUUGGAUUAAUGUGGUCGUAAUUUAGUGGAUCUAUCAAUAAGGUAGCAGCAGAGGGUGUGUGUGUGUGUGUGUGUGUGCGUGCGUGUGUGUGUGCAGAGGUCUGAACCAUGAGAGCUCCCGGCUACUUCCUGGUUCUCGUCUCUCUUGGCCUGGGAUCAUGUGACACGCCAACAUCAUCAUCAUUGUCAUCGCAAGAUGUGCCGUGCCCUCCGCUACAGGUGGAAGACUGGAAGUUUCCUCAGACAGCCAGGCACAACAUCACAGGGUUCAACCUGGUGCGACGCUUCUCCCUGCUGAAGAGUGCUGACAUCAAGAAGAUCCGCAACCCCAGAGGUCCAGUCAUCCUCCGGCUGGGCAAGACCGCACUUGUCCGCCCCACCGAUCAGGUGUUCCCCCACGGUCUACCUGAGGAGUUCACUGUGGUCUUCACACUGGCUCUGAAGAAGAAAACUUUGAGGGACAACAUCUACCUGUUCCAGAUAUCUGAUGAACAAGGAUACCCCCAGUUCUCCCUGGAUCUGAACGGGCCCGAGGGGACCCUGUCUCUGCGGGCGCCGGGGGCGGAGCCUGAGGGAGAGCCUGCGAGCUGCGUGUUCAGCGGCGAGGGCGUGGAGUCCCUCCUGGACCUGCGCUGGCACAAGGUGGCGCUCAGCGUCCGGCGGGGGGCGGCGGCUCUGCACGUCGACUGCGGCUCCAUCCAGACCAAGCCCCUGGAGCCCCGCGGAGCUCUGCCUUCCGAGGGGCACACCUUGCUGGGCAUCAGGGCCACGGACGCUGGGCCUGUGGAGAUGGACCUCCAGCAGGUGAUGGUGUACUGCGACCCAGCUCUGGCCAUUCAGGAGGCCUGCUGUGAGAUACCUGGGGCUCGGUGCCCCCCUGACGCCCCCAAGAGCCGUCGGGCCGCGGAGAAUGACCUAGAGGAUCUGAACCCCUUCAACCAGGAGAUCUUGGGAUCCAAGGGACUGGCGGAGAAAUGUGCUGGUUGUGUUCUUCUCAAGGAAGACCAAAAUCUUGCGACUCUUGGAUAUCAGCCUGGACAGACUGGACUAAAGGGAGAGAAAGGUGACCAGGGUGCUGACUGCUUAGGGUCAGGGGCCUCGGGUCCAUGCUCAGAAGGACCGAAGGGCCAGAAAGGGGAGAGAGGCGAGUCGGUACUACCAGCCAACUGGGGAGAGGCGGUGGGUCACAAGGGGGAGAAAGGACAGAAGGGAGACGUCGGUCUCCAGGGUCUGUCUGGAACGCCAGGAAAGGAUGGUCGGGCAGGGUCCAUCUGUGUGGUUGGUCCAAAGGGGCAGAAGGGCUCCUCAGGGUUGGUGGGUCCAGAGGGCUUGGCCGGAGAGCCGGGGAAACCAGGAUUUCCAGGACUGCCAGGGAUCGGAAAACCAGGCCUUCCUGGCUUACCAGGGAUUGGGUCUAAAGGAGACAAGGGGGAUUCUGGGCCGGCAGGGAAGGGUGGAGAUCCAGGAGACCCUGGGCCCAGAGGUCCUGGAGGCUCCAAGGGAGCGAAGGGAGAGCCGUGUGAGGUGUGUCCGGUGGUGCCUGCAGACGGCUCCAUGGUGGCUGUCCAGGGGACGCCUGGUCCCAAAGGGGAGGCCGGAACUCCAGGAGUUGGAGAACGAGGAUCACCAGGACUGAUGGGAUCAGAUGGAAAGGCAGGACAGAAGGGAGAGGCGGGGUCAGACGGAACCAAAGGGGAGAAGGGCGAGCCGUGCGCUGUGUGCCCCACUCUGGGAGAAUUGCCGACCAAUGGAAACUCAGUUCCCAUAGCCCAUUCUCAGCUACAGAAGGGAGAGAAAGGCCAAUCAGAAGUGGGACCCAAAGGAGAACAGGGAGAGCCUGGGCCUAGCGGACUGGGGGGCCUCCGAGGAGAGAAGGGCAACGCUGGAAGCAAAGGAGCUGAUGGAAAAACGGGCAAGCAUGGACCGAGGGGCCCCGGCGGCAAGGACGGGCAGAAGGGCAUCAAGGGAGACGAUGGAUUACCUGGUUUAGGUGUUCCUGGUGCCAAGGGAGAGAAGGGUGAGUCAUGUGGUCCGUGCCAGCCUUCUACCUUGGAGGUGGGCAGUGGCCCAUCCGUCAUCAAGGUGCCAGCUGGGGAACCAGGCCUCCCAGGGCCCCCGGGCCCCCCCGGACCCUCAGGGGUGGGAGCAGAUGGCAAACAGGGUCCACAGGGGUUUUCAGGUGUACAGGGGGACAAAGGAGACCAGGGUGAGAGGGGAGACCCUGGAUUGGAUGGUCAACCAGGAACCCCUGGUCUCUCUGGAGAGACUGGACGAGACGGAACCAUCGGACUGAAAGGAGAGAAGGGAGACGCGUGUGACAGCUGUCCGUCUGUCUCUGGGGGCGUGGCUGAUGGCACGAGUGUUCCGGGUCAGAAGGGAGAGAGGGGCGAUCCAGGGUCCCCUGGGGAGGGCAAGGCCGGCAAACCAGGUAAGCCAGGUCUCCCAGGGGUCCAGGGGUCCCCAGGUCCUAAAGGGAGCCAGGGUGAAGCUGGACCUGCAGGAAUUGGUCUUCAAGGCCCACAGGGCGUGGAGGGACCCAGAGGCCUGCCCGGAAUCACAUGGUCGUCAGGAGAGAGGGGACUGCCUGGACCUGCCGGACCCGCUGGAGACAAGGGUCUCCAAGGAGAGGAGGGCCCUCCUGGUCCACAGGGACCUCUGGGUGCAGGUGUGACAGGACCGCCGGGUAAGGAUGGUCUCCCAGGUCCUAAAGGAUUCCCAGGAAACAACGGUGUGCCUGGAGCUGACGGAGCUAAGGGGGACAAGGGAGAACCAGGAGACUGUAACUGUAUCAGCCAAACAUACACAGGAACCGGCGGCCCGGGGGCGCCCGGAACAGCAGGAGGCAACCUGUGGCAGCCCGGCCCUCAGGGACCCCCAGGACCUCCAGGCCCCCCUGGUCCCCCAGGGGUCCAGGGUUUCCACGGCAACGCAGGACCCCAGGGUAUCCCUGGCAACGACGGGGUGCCAGGGCAACCGGGUCAGCCCGGGACCAUCCCCCCCAUUCCCCAGCACCUCCUGUUGCCUCAGGACACCCCAGACGAUAAGGAGCCUUGUACAGACUGCACCCAGGGCUUGCCAGGGGUACCAGGCGUGGGUGGCACCAAGGGGGAGAAAGGCGACCAGGGCAAGCCAGCUGUCAUCCCCCUGGAUGGCUGUGAGAGGUGUUUCCAGAGACUGCAGAGUGAGGAGGCCGUCCAAGCUCCGACCACCACGAACAGUGCCUCCCCCCCCCCCUGUUCUGGAGUACCAGGACAUCCAGGAAGUCCAGGACAACCUGGAGAGGCGGGCACUCCGGGUCAAAGAGGUCAGGCCGGACAACCAGGGGGCAUGGUGAGUCAUCACAUUCACACAACACAUCACUACACUACACAACACAGUACCAGAGUACUGAAG